AUGUCUCAAGGCUCCCCGGCAAUCAUGUCUGAGGACCAGAAGCAGGAGAUCGGAGGUAGAUAUUUCCUACCUCGCAAUUUGGAAGAGGCGGCACGCAUGAAGAAUCAGCAUGAAUGGCUGAAAGGAGGUGCUGGCGGACUGGUCCUGGCUCCUAUUGAUUUAGGACGCCAGGGGAUGCGUGUGUUGGACUCGGCCACAGCAGACGGAUACUGGAUACAGGAUGUCAAGUCAAUCUUCCCAGAGAGUACUGAGUUUCGUUUUGUCAUUCCCCUGUUUGCGGAGAGUGAGGUGCAGCCGGUUCUUCGCAAACUCAUUAAAUGCAUGAAACCAGGUGCUUGGAUCCAGCUAGUUGAGAUGGAUUUCAAGACACCGGUUUCUGAGCCCCUUGAAUCUUGCCAAGCGGCUCAGAAGUUUCAUAAGCUCACAAGUUCGGUAGUAUCUGACCCUCUCGCCUCAACAAAGCUAGCAGCGAGAUUGAAUGAAGAGGGUCUCACAAAUGUUACCUAUCAGACAGUCGACAUGAUAGCAGGCUCUUCUCAUCCAGACGCUGCACUGGGAGAGCGAGGACGACGUAAUAUGUCGUCCGUGAUGGCCUACUUCCAAUCUGUGUCUAGUGCCGAGAAAAUGGGAAUGACAGCGCAGGAAUGGGCUUCCUUGCCGAAUGAAUUCGAAGAUGAGAUGAGCAAGUAUAAGAUCGCCGUCCGUGUCUACUUCGUCUGGGGUCAGAAGCCAGUAGCGUAG